AUGGUUGAGGAAUUGAAGAAACUAACGAGGCAGCGUGGAUCCUGUAGAGGUCAAUUAACGCGCUUAUACAAUAGCAUGCUCACUGCCACAGAUUUGAACACACAGACGAUAGACUAUCGUAUAGAGAAACUAGAAGAUAUUAUUAAGGGAUUCUCUGACAUUCAAUUUCAAAUAGAGUCACUAGAAGACAACGACGAGAAUGAAACUAUACGCGCGGAGGUUGAAGAAACAUACUAUAAAUGUAAAGACUACAUGAUAUCGUGCAGACAGAAACUAGAGGUAGCGGCAACUGACAGAACUGCAGCAAACAAUAUUUCUCCAUCUCCGUCCAUAGUUAACGUCAAAUCAAUAUUACCAAAAAUACAAAUAAAGCCUUUCGAUGGUAGUUAUGUAGAGUGGAAUAGUUUCUUCGACAUGUUCAAAGGUUUAGUACACGAAAACGAGUCGCUGCCGACAGUUCACAAAUUCCAUUUGUUAAAAUCUUAUUUACGGGGCGACGCGGCCACAGUUAUAGAAGCAUUAAACGCCACGGAAGACAAUUAUUCCGUGGCGUGGAAUCUGUUACAAAAAAGAUUUGACAAUCCGCGCAAAACGGUACAGGCACAUGUCCGCGCACUUUUCGAACUACCCGAAGUCAGUCGUGGUUGCCCAUCAGCUCUGCGUGUUCUGGCUGAUCGAGUUGAAAUGCACAUCAACGCCUUAAGGUCGCUGGACCAAACCAUUGGUUGUCAUGAAAUGUUUAUUUACGUUGUUACUUCAAAGAUAGACAAAAUAACGCGAAUUCAUUGGGAGCGUACGAUAGAGGAUGGG